CUUGUUGAUGCUACAAACAAGAAAGGAUGUCCUUAUCAAAAUAUGAAUCGACCACAGGGACAACACAUCUUGCUCGACUUGCCCGGGCUAUAUUGGGUCCCUGCAUGGAUGUGCUACGCGACGUUCUUGCAAAAGAGAUAUCUCCACCUGACUUGGAAAAGAAAGUUAAAACUUACGUACCUCAAAAGGGCAAACCUUCUAUUAGUGAAAAACAAAAACGGAUUGUCUAUGGCAAAGACUACACUGUCUUUGAUGUUACGUUGCUCUAUUUUCUCUUGCGUAACAUGUGUUCAAUUCCUCCUCAUAAAAACACAUGGGGAAAAAACCCAGAUCCAACUGAUAAAAGUGUGUCGGCAAACAUAGAACGAAUUCGUAUUUUAAGAAACGAAUGGUAUGGACAUGGUACUGAUUUUUCUCUCUCGGAACCAGAUUUUGAACGAAAAUGGAAUCAUAUUUCUCAAAUUGUAAAAGAGCUGGAAGGCUAUCUAGGGACUACAACCAAAUACCAGGACACUCUGAUCGAAUUAAAAACUUGUUGUAUGGACCCUGUGUCGAUACAGCACUACAUAGACACACUGAAGACUAUAGAAGGGUUACAGACUGACGUUACAAUUCUGCAAGAGGAUGUAGAGGAGAUGAAAAAGUCAAUCAAGAUAUCAACUACAAAAGAAUCACAAAUUGAAAAGGACAUGUUUGAUCAAUGGCAACAAGAAGACUCUUGUUUUAUUUCGACAAAGGCGUUCGAAGAAGUAGAAAAAAUAAUUAAAAGCAACAACCUGAUAGUUGUAGCUGGUCACUCAGGAUCCGGAAAGUCAGCCAUUAUUCAACAUAUUGCACUCAAAUACAGAGAACAGGGCUGGACUGUAAGACGAGUAAAAAAGGUAGAAGACAUCCUGGAUGAAUAUUCUUCAAGUCGAUUUCAAAAAGAUAAAACCAUUUGUGUUUUCAAUGAUCCAUUUGGAAAAGGAUCUUUUGAUGAACUUUUAAAUAGAUCAUGGCAAAGAUGUGAAGAAGAAUUGGAGUUAUACCUACGAACAGCAAAACUUGUGAUGUCGUGUAGAAAUCAUAUUAUUUAUGAUAAUAGAUUGGCCCGUUAUCUCGUGAAUCAAUCACAUAUCAUAAACAUCGAUAAUAGCAAACAUAAGUUAUCAGUUAAUGAAAAACGGCAGAUUUUGAAACAAUAUACACUCAAUAUGAAUUUAUCCGACAAAGAGUGUGAUAAGAUCGUUGAAGUAGAAAGUUAUUUCCCGUUAUUGUGUAAAUUAUAUUCUAGCAAUGAGGAAUACAAAAAAAAGGGCGUUAGCUUUUUUACAGAACCCAUAACAAGGCUAAAAGAGGAAACAGAAGUGUUCAGAAACAAAGAUAGGAGUAAAUAUUGUGCUUUGGCUCUCCUUGUCUUUUUUAACGAUGAUCUUUGCGAAAGCGAUGUUUUUGCAAAUAAAGACACAGAAUACAAAUUCAAACACACGUUAAAACUUUGUGGAUUACCAGAGAACACGCCACCUUUAGCUAUUGGAGACAACCUAAACUCCCUAAAAGAUUUUUUUGUGAAGAAAAUUGGAGACACGUACCAUUUCUAUCACGAUUUAGUAAUGGAGGUUACAACCCUUGUUUUCGGGAAGGAUUAUCCCAAAGAAACAAUAAUGUACGCUGAUAUCGGUUUCCUCAGAAAAAGAGUAAAAUUAGGAGAUUGUGACGAACACGACGACCCUUUCACUAUUUGUCUAAGUAACAGAUACAUUGAACAACUUGGAGAUAGGCUUUAUACUGAAUUGUUUGGAGAACGCCUGUUAGAUGUCGUACUCAACCCUUGUCUAAGGAAUGUCAAAGUAAUUAAAGUACUGAAAGAAAAGUUAACAGAUCAUCCCGAACAUCUACAAAUAUUGCUAGAAACCAAGAAACUUGCAAUUGAAAAACAAGAGAUUUACCAGACAUCUAAAAAAUUAGUUCUGACUAAACUUUCCUUUUUGAAUUUAGAAUGUGAAGUAUCGCCACUUUUUGCUCUCAUUGCGUUUUGUCAUACACAACUAUCACUAUAUUGCUUUAAAAAUCUACAAGAAAUGCAAACUGAUUAUAUGAUAUGUAUUCCUGCACUGUAUUGCAAUGGUUCAAUACAAUUGUUUUUAACUGCUUUAAAAGACCAUGCUAAAGAAUCUUUGAAAAAAACAUGGGGAAGACUUUGUCCUAUUCACAUUGUAUCAGUGUUCCAUAAUUAUGAAUUACUUGGUGAGUUAAUUAAGUUAGAUGUAAAAGUCAAUGAAAAGACCGUCGAUAACGGUGGUUGGAAGCCCCUUAUAUUAGCAGCUGGUAACGGUUGUCAGGAACACGGAGACUAUAACCAUAGAGAAUCAGGUGCAGAACGAAGAGAUAAAACAGUACAACUUUUACUGAAUAAUGGAGCAGACAUUAAUUUAUGCAAGAAUGACGGAGCCAGUCCUCUCUUAUUAGCUUGUCAAGGCGGACAUGAUAGCACUGUACAACUUUUACUGAGUAAUGGAGCAGACAUAAAUUUAUGUCAGAAAAAUGGAGUCAGUCCUCUCUUAAUAGCUUGUCAAAACGGACAUGAUAACACUGUACAGCUGUUACUGAGUAAUGGAGCAGACAUUAAUUUAUGUGAGAAGGACGGAGUCUGUCCUCUCUUUAUAGCUUGUAAAAAGGGACAUGAUAGCACUGUACAACUUUUACUGAGUAAUGGAGCAGACAUAAAUUUAUGUCAGAAAAAGGGAGUCAGUCCUCUCUUAAUAGCUUGUCAAAACGGACAUGAUAACACUGUACAGCUGUUACUGAGUAAUGGAGCAGACAUUUAUUUAUGUCAGGAAAACGGAGUCAGUCCUCUCCAUAUAGCUUGUCAAGGCGGACAUGAUAGCACUGUACAACUGUUACUGAGUAAUGGAGCAGACAUUAUUUUAUGUGAGAAGGACGGAGUCUGUCCUCUCUUUAUAGCUUGUCAAAAGGGACAUGAUAGCACUGUACAACUUUUACUGAGUAAUGGAGCAGACAUAAAUUUAUGUCAGAAAAAUGGAGCCAGUCCUCUCUAUACGGCUUGUCAAAACGGACAUGAUAACACUGUACAGCUGUUACUGAGUAAUGGAGCAGACAUUAAUUUAUGUGAGAAAAACGGAGCCAGUCCUCUCUUAAUAGCUUGUCAAAAGGGACAUGAUAGCACUGUACAACUUUUACUGAGUAAUGGAGCAGACAUUAAUUUAUGCAGGAAAGACGGGGCCAGUCCUCUCUUAAUAGCUUGUUUAAACGGACAUGAUAGCACUGUGCAACUUUUACUGAGUAAUGGAGCCGACAUUUAUUUAUGUCAGAAAAACGGAGUCAGUCCUCUCCAUAUAGCUUGUCAAGGCGGACAUGAUAGCACUGUACAACUUUUACUGAGUAAUGGAGCAGACAUUAAUUUAUGUGAGAAGGACAGAGCCAGUCCUCUCUUAAUAGCUUGUCAAAAGGGACGUGAUAGCACUGUACAACUGUUACUGAGUAAUGGAGCAGACAUAAAUUUAUGCAAGAAAGACGGAGCCAGUCCUCUCUAUACGGCUUGUAUAAAAGGACAUGAUAGCACUGUACAACUUUUACUGAGUAAUGGAGCAGACAUUAAUUUAUGCAAGAAAAACGGAGCCAGUCCUCUCUUAAUAGCUUGUCAAAAGGGACAUGAUAGCACUGUACAACUUUUACUGAGUAAGGGAGCAGACAUUAAUUUAUGUGAGGAGAACAAAGCCAGUCCUCUCUUUAUAGCCUGUCGACACGGACAUGAUAGCACUGUACAACUUUUAUUAAAUAACGGAGCAGACAUUAAUUUAUGUCAGAAAAAUGGAGUAUGUCCUCUCUUUAUAGGUUGUCGACACGGACAUGAUAGCACUGUACAACUUUUACUGAGUAAUGGAGCAGACAUUAAUUUAUGUGAGGAGAACAAAGCCAGUCCUCUCUUUAUAGCUUGUCGACACGGACAUGAUAGCACUGUACAACUUUUAUUAAAUAACGGAGCAGACAUUAAUUUAUGUGAGGAGUACGGAGCCAGUCCUCUCCAUAUAGCUUGUUUUCACGGACAUGAUAGCACUGUACAACUUUUACUGAGUAAUGGAGCAGACAUUAAUUUAUGUGAGGAGAACGGAGCCAGUCCUCUCUUUAGAGCUUGUCAAAACAGACAUGAUAGCAUCGUACAACUUUUACUGAGUAAUGGAGCAGACAUUAAUUUAUGUGAGAAGAACGAAAAAAACGGAGUCAGUCCUCUCUAUAUAGCUAGUUAUAGCGGACAUAAUAGCACUGUACCACUUUUACUGAGUAAUGGAGCAGACAUUAAUUUAUGUGAGGAGAACGGAGCCAGUCCUCUCUUUAUAGCUUGUCAAAACAGACAUGAUAGCAUCGUACAACUUUUACUGAGUAAUGGAGCAGACAUUAAUUUAUGUGAGAAGAACGAAGCCAGUCCUCUCCAUAAAGCUUAUUAA